AUGAAUGGAUGUAAUGGCUUUAUUUCUCUCAAGUAUCAAGGCUAUCUCGAUCCACAAUACGUAUUAACUCACAAGUUAACGGAGAAGAGUGAUGUUUAUAAUCUUGGAAUCGUAUUUCUAGAACUAUUGACUGGAAUGCGUCCUAUAUUUCACAAUAGAAACAUUGUUAGUGAGGUUCUCUUAGCCUGUCAAGUUGGGAGGAUGUUCUCCAUCAUGGAUCGAAACAUGGGAUCCUACAUGAUUGAAUCCAUCAAAAGAUUUAUGGAUCUAGCAUUAAAGUGUUGUCAAGAAGAAACAAAUGCAAGACCUUCAAUGUUGGAGAUUGUGAGAGAGUUAGAGAAUAUAUGUUCAUUGCAAUGUGAAUCUGAUAGUAGCACUUUAGAAUUAAAAUCUACUUAUGUAGAAAUGGAAAAUUUCGGUUCAACAUCACUAGAUGUGAGAAACAACACAAGUGUAUUGUCUAAUUUCCUAGAUAUGGCCUUCGCAAAUUUUUUCGAUCUGUACAGCACUCAGGAAGAAGAAGAGGUUCCUUUGGUCCGAAGGAGGAAAUCGGCCAGGAAACACGACCGCGAGUCCAGCCAAGUACCUCCGGCCAAGAAGAAUCGAGCAACCGAUCCUCCAAAGGAUGGGCCCUCUGGCCAACCGUCUGCCCAAAAUUCUGCUCCUGCUGAGAAGGAAAUCCCUCCUCCGCAUGCUGCCACAAAUCCUUCACCUACGGCUCCAAACGAACAAGCCCAGCAAGCCGAUCUCCCAGGGGCCAAACUAGCAAGCCGCUCCCUGUGGUCAGCUAAGGAUCGCCUCACCCAUAUCCUUAAGCAUGACUGCUGUAGAGAGGCCAUGGCUGAAGGUGAAACCAUGGGGGUCAACCAGAUCCUCAACAGGGCCCUUAAUGAAGUGGCCAGUGCCAUGCUGACCAUGACUGCUGCUCGUGCCCGCGCGAGUGCAAGAAUCGAUCAGUCCCGAGUGAAGCUUACCGAGGAACUUCAAGCCGCAGAGGCUAGGCACGCUGGGGAGCUGGAGGUGAUGACCCAGCAGAAGGAUUCCUUGGCCGCGGAACUGGCAGAAAAGCAAGCCUCUCUGGAAAAUGUUAGAAAGCAGAGAGAUGAUUACCAAGAUGCUAGCUGA